CCCGGAGGGCCGAGGCUGGGUUGGGGGAGCGGCUGUCCUGGCCUUUGUGCACGCCCCUUUUCAUCAACUAGCGGGCCAAGAAAGACAGAGGAAAGCAACAGCAUCCCAGCCCCAGUCCUUACAGCUCCUCCAUCUGCACAGCGGAGCUGGACGGACCAGCCAGAAUGUGGAGAGCACUGCUGCUUAAACUCUUUCUCCUCUUCAUAUGCAGUGUUAGAUGGUGCCAUACUGACGGAUGUGAAUUGGGGCAGUUCCGCUGUGGGACAGGUCAGUGUGUCCCAUAUGACUGGCACUGUGACGGGACAUCAGACUGUGUGGAUGACUCCGAUGAACAAGACUGCCCUCAGGUAACGUGCGACAACAGCCAUUUCCAGUGCCUAAGCGAUGGCGAGUGUAUCCCGGAUGUAUGGGUGUGCGACGAUGAAGAGGACUGUGAGGAUGGCUCAGAUGAGAGGCAACACUGUCCUGGAAGGACAUGCACCAGUGGACAGUUCAGCUGCAGUAACGGGGCAUGCAUCCCAGGAGAAUACCGAUGUGACCAUCUGGCUGACUGCUCGGAUGGGUCCGAUGAGAGAAACUGCCAUUACACCGAGUGUACAAUGCUGAGGUGUGCUAAUGGAGCUUGCUACAACCGGACCCAGCGGUGUGACCACGUACUGGACUGCCGCGAUGGCUCUGACGAGGCAAACUGCACACAGCACUGCAAUACGGGCUGGUUUUCAUGUCAUAAUGGAAUGUGUGUUCCUCAACGCUAUGUCUGUGACCACGAUGACGACUGUGGAGACCGAAGCGAUGAGCUAAACUGCACAUAUCCUACAUGUAGAGGGAACUACUUCACUUGCCCCAGCGGCCGCUGUAUCCACCAAGUCUGGCUUUGCGAUGGGGAGGAUGAUUGUGAGGACAAUGCAGAUGAAAAAGGCUGUGAGAACGUACCACGGGAGUGUUACCCAGGAGAAUGGCCCUGUCCGUCGUCCGGCCUGUGUAUUCCUAUGGAUCAGCUGUGCGAUGGGAGGUUUCACUGUCCUGACGGAGAGGAUGAAACGAACACCACCGCUGGGCGCAACUGCAGUAUCUGGAAGUGUGUCUCUCUGAGCUGUGAACAUCAGUGUCAUGCUUCCCCCGAUGGAGGAACGUGCUCUUGUCCUUUGGGAUACGUUGUCAACAGCAACGACAGUCGCUCGUGUAUAGAUUUUGAUGACUGCUCCAUGUGGGGCGUGUGUGACCAGCUGUGUGAGGACCGCAUAGGAUCCCACCGCUGCAGCUGCCGGGAAGGCUACGUCCUGGAGCAGCACAGAUACUGUAGAGCUGACGCCUCAACGGGAGUUCCUUCCUUGAUAUUUUCUAAUGGCAGAGACCUGCUUAUCGGAGACAUCCAUGGCAACGGUCUGCGCACUUUGGUUAAUUCACAGAGCAGAGGCAUCGUAGUGGGAGUGGACUACCACUAUAACUUAAAUAUGAUCUUCUGGACUGAUACCGUUCAGAAUAAGGUGUUUUCUGUGCAUACGGACGGUUCCAACAUGCAGGUGGUUUUAAAUGUAUCGGUUGACUACCCUGAGAAUUUAGCUGUGGAUUGGGUGAACAAUAAACUGUAUGUGGUGGAGGCCAGCGUCAACAGGAUUGACAUGGUCGACUUUGAUGGAAAUAACCGGGUCACACUCAUCACCGAAAACCUCGGAAACCCUAGAGGACUGGCGGUGGACCCCACUGUCGGGUACAUGUUCUUCUCAGAUUGGGAGGCUCUGAACGGACAGCCAGGCCUGGAGCGGGCCUUCAUGGACGGUACCAACCGCUAUGGGAUUAUCGGGAGUAAACUUGGGUGGCCAGCUGGCAUCACCCUGGACAUAGAGGCCCAGCGCGUCUACUGGGUUGACAGUCGCUAUGACUACAUAGAAACGGCAACAUAUGAUGGUCUGCAUAGAAAAACAGUGGUCCACGGAGGUGCGGUUGUCCCACACCCGUUUGGCAUCAGUCUGUUUGAGCAUACCGUCUACUUCACGGACUGGACCAAGAUGGCCGUGAUGAAAGCCAACAAAUUCACUGACACCAACCCCCAGGUGGUUUACAGUACAAGUCAGAGUCCUCAUGGAGUAGCUGUGAUGCAUCAGCUGAAACAGCCACAUGUGCCAAACCCUUGCAGCACAGACAGAGGGGGGUGUGAGCAGAUUUGUGUUUUAAGUCACAGGAGUGAUAAUGCAGGCCUGGGCUACCGCUGCAAAUGUCGCAUGGGCUAUGACCUACAUGCGGAUGGCAAACGCUGUUUGGCUGUGAGGCAGUUUCUGCUGUUCUCCAGCCAGCUGGCGGUGAGAGGGAUCCCCUUUAACCUCUCCACUCAGGAGGACAUCAUCCUGCCUGUCACUGGAUCACCCUCCUACUUUGUUGGAGUGGAUUUUAGUGCUGAGGAUGAUGCUAUCUUCUUCUCAGACACAGCCAAAGACAUUAUCUAUAAACAGAAAGUGGACGGGACUGGCAGGGAGGUGCUGGCGGCCAAUAGGGUGGACGGAGUGGAGGACCUGGCUUAUGACUGGAUUUCAAAAAACCUCUACUGGACUGACCCACGAUACAGGAGCAUAUCUGUCAUGAAGAUAGCUGAUAAGUCCAGGAGGGCCAUCAUACGUAACCUGAACAACCCAAGGGCCAUUGUUGUACAUCCUCUAAUUGGGUAUAUUUUUUGGACUGACUGGUACCGGCCAGCAAAGAUUAUGAGGGCUUGGGGUGAUGGGUCACAUGCCCUGUCUAUUGUAAACACUACCCUUGGCUGGCCAAACGGCCUAGCUAUCGACUGGAGCUCCAUGCGUCUGUAUUGGGUGGAUGCCUUCUUUGACAAAAUUGAGCACAGCAAUUUCGACGGACAAAACAGGCUUUCUUUGGACCGUAUAGCUCAGAUCUCUCAUCCAUUUGGCCUCACCAUUUUUGAAGGCUAUGCAUUUUUCACUGACUGGCGCCUGGGUGGUAUUGUACGUGUGCGCAAGACUGACGGCGGGGAGAUGGUCAUUAUCAGAAGAGGAAUCAGCCACAUCAUGCACGUCAAGUCCUUCAACUCCAACUCUCAGACGGGUUCCAACCUCUGCAACAGGCAGACAAACCCCAACGGAGACUGCAGCCACUUCUGCUUCCCGGCCCCAGACUCCCAGAGAGUGUGUGGCUGCCCGUACGGCAUGAAGCUGUCGCCCAACCACCAGACAUGCGUGGACGACCCUUCCAGCGAGCCCCCCACACUGCAGUGUGGAGCCAACUCCUUCUCCUGUGGCAACGGCAAAUGUGUCCCAAACAGCUACAGAUGCGACGGUGUUGACGACUGCCAUGACAACAGUGACGAAGCCGACUGUGGAAUUAACAACACCACUUGUUCCUCCUCUGCAUUCACCUGUGCCAAUCAGCGCUGUGUGCCUGUGGGGUGGCGCUGUGACGGGCACAAUGACUGUUUCGAUAACAGUGAUGAGAUCAAUUGCCCUACGAAGGUGCCUGGAACAUGCCCGGCCAAUCACUUCACCUGUGCCAACCACCACUGCAUCCCACAGACCUGGCGCUGUGACACCGAUAAUGACUGUGGAGACAGUUCAGAUGAAGCUGACUGCCAUCUGGCAGGUACGUGCCAUCCAGGACAGUUUCAGUGUCCAGACCACCGCUGCAUAGACCCCAACUAUGUUUGCGAUGGGGACAGGGACUGUGUGGACGGGGCAGACGAGCAGGGAUGCAUCUACAACUGCACCUUGAAUGAGUUCAAGUGCUCCAGCGGUCACCAGUGCAUCAACUCCUACUACCGAUGUGACGGAGUGUUCGACUGCAGCGAUCGCUCAGACGAGCAAAACUGUCCUACCAGGCCUCCAGGGAUGUGCCACCACGAGAGCGAGUUUCAGUGCCAGUCGGACGGAAGCUGCGUCCCGUCCACAUGGGAGUGCGAUGGUCACCCAGACUGCGAGGACGGCAGCGACGAACACCACGCCUGCCCACCUCGCACCUGCCCCUCCACACUCUUCCGCUGUGAUAACGGGAAUUGUGUGCUACGCAGCUGGAUUUGUGACGGGGACAACGACUGCAGGGACAUGAGCGACGAAAGAGACUGUCCCACGCCACCUUUCCGAUGUCCGAGUUGGCAGUGGCAGUGCCCCGGACACAGUGUUUGCAUCAACCUCACCACGGUGUGCGACAACACUCCUGACUGCCCCAACGGCGCUGACGAGUCUCCGCUCUGCAACGAGCCUUUGCCAGAUCAGGAGAGCUGCUCUGACAACAAUGCUGGCUGCACCCACGGUUGUAUCCAAGGGCCGUUUGGGGCCCAGUGUACGUGCCCUGUGGGCUAUCGACUGAGCAAUGACUCCAAAACCUGCGAGGAUAUGGACGAAUGUAAUCCCCCUGGACUGUGUAGCCAGCACUGCUUUAAUGAGAGAGGCUCUUUCCGGUGCCACUGCCAGGAAGGUUACACUCUUGAAGCAGACCAGCGCACUUGCAAGGCCUCAGAUUCUCGUCAGGCGUUCCUGCUAGUGGCCAGUCGAAAUCAGAUUGUGCAAGACGACAUAACCACUCAGCCUAACGUGGUCCGGUCAGUGAUUCGAGAUGGACGCAACAUCGUGGCCCUAGACUUUGACUCCGUCACCGACCGGGUGUUCUGGUCCGAUACAAGCCAGGACAGAAUCUGGAGUUCUCACAAGAACGGCAGCGAUAGAACUGUGAUAUUCGACAGUGGAGUUACUGUGACAGAGAGCCUUGCUGUGGACUGGGUGGGCAGGAACUUGUACUGGACUGACUAUGUCCUGGAGACUAUUGAAGUGUCUAAACUGGACGGGACUCAUCGGACUGUAUUAGUUAGCGAAAAUGUCACCAACCCCCGAGGCCUAGUGCUCGACCCAAGAGACAGCGCUCAUCUGAUGUUCUGGACUGACUGGGGGAGGAACCCCCGCAUCGAGAAGGCAAGCAUGGAUGGGAAACUGAGGACUGUUAUCAUAAGCAGCAAACUAUACUGGCCCAAUGGCCUAACCAUUGACUACCCAAACAAUUUGUUGUACUUUGCUGAUGCCUAUUUGGAUUUCAUUGACUACUGCGAUUAUAAUGGAAACAACAGGAAACAAGUUCUAGCCAGCGACCUGGUACUGCAACAUCCCCACGCAAUUACCAUUUUUGAGGAUUUUGUCUAUUGGACCGACAGAUACAUCAACCGUGUGAUGCGAGCUCAUAAGUGGCAUGGGGAGAACCAGACAGUGAUGCUGUUCAACCUCCCUCAGCCCAUGGGUCUGGUGGCAGUGCACUCAACCAGGCAGCCAGCAGGAGAAAAUCACUGCCUGAGGAGCCCCUGCACUCACAUCUGCCUACUUUCUGCUGUGGGACCAAGGUAUUACUCGUGUGCAUGCCCCUCAGGCUGGACACUGGCAGCAGACCAAAUCACCUGCACCAGAGUCGAGGAUCCUUUCCUGGUGAUUGUGAGGGACAGCAUCAUCUAUGGCAUUUCCUUGAAUCCAGAUGACAAGAGUAAUGAUGCUAUGGUUCCUGUUGCUGGGCUUCAAAAUGGCUAUGAUGUUGACUUUGAUGACAAUGAACAUACCAUCUAUUGGGUGGAACACCCGGGUGAAAUCCACAGGGUGAAGUCGGAUGGGACCAACAGGACAGAGUUUGCCCCUGCUGCCAUUCUUGGCUCCCCUGUUGGCCUAGCCUUAGACUGGAUAACAGAGAACCUGUACUACACCAAUCCAGCUACACAGUCUAUUGAGGUUUUAAAGUUGAGAGGGGAGGUACAGUACCGGAAAACUCUAAUCACAAAUAACGGCUCUCCAACUGGCGCUGGCAGUCCUGUUGGCAUUGCAGUGGACCCUGCACGUGGCAAACUAUACUGGACAGACCAAGGAACAGAGAGCGGCAUCCCUGCCAAGGUGGCAUCUGCAGACAUGGAUGGAUUAAACCCUGUCACCCUGUUCACCAACAACCUUGAUCACAUUGAAUUCCUCACUGUGGAUAUCCAAGACAACAAGCUGUACUGGGCUGUUACAAGCACUGGCGUGAUUGAGCGCGGCGACCCAGAUGGAAGUAACCGCAUCACCAUAGUGACGGGCUUGUCUCACCCCUGGGGUGUGGCUGUCUAUCAGAACCACCUCUACUUCACGGACCGCGACUUUGAGGUCAUAGAGCGGGUGGACAAGUCCACGGGUGCCAACAGGGUGGUGUUGAGAGACAAUGUGUCUGGACUCAGAGUUUUGAAAAUUCAUUUUCGAGAGACAUCUGCAGGUACAUCGAAUGGCUGCACCAACAAUGCAGGAGCGUGUGAGCAGCUCUGUCUCCCUCGGCCGCAGGGUCUGUUUACAUGUGCUUGUGCCACGGGUUUUAAACUUAAUGCUGACAACAGGACCUGCGCUCCCUACCAGUCCUACGUCGUCAUCUCCACUUUAUCUGCCAUUAAAGGCUUCAGUCUGGAAGGGUCAGACCACUCUGAGGCCAUGGUGCCUGUGGCUGGAAGAGGCCGUAAUGCUUUGCACAUUGAUGUGCACAUGGCUUCUGGUUUCAUCUACUGGUGUGACUUCAGCAGCACUGUGGCAACACAGAACGGGGUCAGACGGAUCAAGCCAGAUGGCUCAGGAUUACGAAGCAUAGUAACAUCUGGAAUAGGACGCAAUGGGAUUCGAGGCAUUGCUGUAGACUGGGCUGCAGGGAACUUGUAUUUCACCAAUGCCUUCCUGACGGAGACAUACGUUGAGGUAGUCCGCCUGAACACAACUUUCCGCAGGGUGCUGCUGAAAACCCAGGUGGACAUGCCGCGCCACAUUGUUGUGGACCCCAGAAACAGAUACUUGUUUUGGGCUGAUUAUGGUCAGAAUCCUAAAAUUGAGCGAGCACUCUUGGAUGGAACCAACCGUACUAUUUUAGUGUCUUCAGGGAUUAUCACUCCACGAGGCCUUGCUCUGGACUGGCAAACUGGAUAUGUCUACUGGGUAGACGACUCACUGGAUAUGAUUGCUCGAGUCAACCCCAGAGGAGGGGAAACAGAGAUAGUCAGGUACGGCAGCCGCUACCCAACUCCCUACGGAAUCACAGUGUUUGAGGGUAGUAUCAUUUGGGUGGACAGAAACCUCAAGAAGGUGUUCCAAGCAAGCAAAGAGCCAGGCAGCACAGAGACGCCUUCUGUCAUUAGAGACAACAUCAAUAUGUUGAGGGACGUUACUGUCUUUGACCAGCACGCCCAGCCCAUCAGUUCCCAAGAGCUGAACCACAACCCCUGCUUGGAAGACAAUGGACGCUGCGCCCACUUCUGCUUUGCCCUGCCAGGUUCGGACACAGGCCCCCAGAUAAAAAAAUGCAGCUGUGCUUUUGGAAAUCUUGCAGCAGACAACGAGAGCUGUGUAGUGUCAAGGGAUGAUUACCUCAUCUACACUACGGAGAGCACAGUGCGCAGCUUGCGACUUAACCCUGAGGACCAUGCACUGCCCUUUCCUGUUGUCAAUGUGCCUCGUACUUCAGUGGCACUGGAUUUUGACCUCACAGACAGGAGGAUCUACUUCACACAGAGCUCAGGAGCAGGAGCAAGCAAGAUCAGCUACAUCAGCCUUUCUUCUCCCACCUCACCUCCUGUAAUGGUAGCUUCAGAUCUUGGAGCUCCUGACGGCAUUGCUUAUGACUGGAUAAAUAAAAGAAUUUACUACAGUGACUAUGUGAACCAGAGCAUCAGCUCUAUGUCUGUGGAAGGCUCCCAAAGGACUAUUAUUGCUCAUGUAUCCAGGCCAAGGGCCAUCAUGUUGGAUCCCUGCAGGGGAUACAUGUAUUGGACGGACUGGGGAACCCAUGCAAAGAUUGAGCGUGCGACCUUAGGAGGAAACUUCAGAACAGAGAUUGUGAACAGCAGUCUGGUGUGGCCCAAUGGCCUAACCUUGGACUAUGAAGAAGAGAGGCUCUAUUGGGCAGACGCCAGCUUACAGAAGAUUGAGCGAUCAUCUCUCUCUGGGGCCAACCGGGAGGUCAUUGUCAGUACAGCCAUCUAUCCAUUUGCUAUGACCAUGUUUGGACAGUUCAUCUACUGGACUGACUGGAACACACGCAGCAUCUAUCGGGCCAACAAGCAUGAUGGUUCUGACCAGACAGUCAUGAUCCAGAACCUCCCAUCUCGGCCAAUGGACAUUCACGUUUUGGCCGGCAGGAAGCAGCAGCAGUGCGACAGUCCCUGCCAGCAGUUUAACGGAGGCUGCAGUCACAUCUGCACACCAGGACCUAAUGGAGCCGAGUGCCAGUGUCCAUCAGAGGGCCGCUGGUACCUGGCUGACAACAAGUAUUGUAUCCCUGAUAAUGGGACUCGCUGCCAACCUGGCCAGUUCACAUGUAUGAAUGGCCGCUGUAUUCGGGCCCAGUGGAAAUGUGACAAUGACAAUGACUGUGGAGACGGCAGCGAUGAGUUGGAGAGAGUCUGUGGACGUAAACCAACCUUCAGUUACGCUGUCCCACAGUUUGUGCCAUCAUUUAUUGCCCUGUCAGCCUUCCACACCUGUGAGCCUACAGUGUUUACUUGUGGCAAUGGACGCUGCGUGCCCUACCACUACCGCUGUGACCAUUACGAUGACUGUGGAGACAAUAGUGACGAGGUGGGCUGUCUGUUCAGACCUUGUGAUGCCAACACAGAGUUUACCUGUAAAAAUGGACGCUGUAUUGCAAAGGACUAUGUUUGCAACGGCAUCAACAACUGCUAUGACAACGGCACCUCUGAUGAACAAAACUGCCCGGAGAGAACCUGCCAGCCAGAGCACACAAAAUGUCAGUCUACCAACAUUUGCAUCCCGCGUUCUUAUUUGUGUGAUGGAGAUGACGACUGUGGGGAUAUGAGUGACGAGAGCCCAACACACUGUGCUUCAUCCACAUGUUCCCAGAGUGAGUUCCGCUGCUCCAGCGGCCGCUGCAUCCCCGCCCACUGGUACUGUGAUGGAGGGACUGACUGCGCUGACGGCUCUGAUGAACCCCACUCCUGCACCACACUGGUCAGAACCUGCAACACAGAACAGUUCCGCUGUGAUGAUGGCAGAUGCAUUGCCUCAUCCUGGAUCUGUGACGGGGACAAUGACUGUGGUGACAUGAGUGACGAAGACCAAAGGCACAAUUGUGCCAAUCGCACAUGUUCAACCUCCGAAUUCACUUGUGCGAACAACCAACCACCUCAACGGAAAUGUAUUCCACGUGACUGGGUGUGCGACGGAGACGCAGACUGUGCGGACGCUUUAGACGAGCGUCAGAACUGCACGCGCAGAUCCUGCGGCAUCAAUGAGUUUACCUGUGGCAACGGCCUCUGCAUUCGCAGCUCCUACAGGUGUGAUCGUCGUAACGACUGUGGAGACAGCAGCGACGAGCAGGGGUGCACCUACCAGCCUUGCCAGCAGCACCAGUUCACCUGCCAGAACGGCCGCUGCGUGUCCCAUGACUUUGUCUGCGAUGGCGACAAUGACUGCGGGGAUCAGUCUGAUGAGCUGGAGCACAUGUGCCACACACCAGUACCCACAUGCCCACCUGGAGAGUUCAGAUGUGACAACGGACACUGUAUUCCAGCGAGCCGGGUGUGCGACAGGAGUGAUGACUGCUCUGACAACAGCGAUGAAAAAGGAUGUGGUAUCAAUGAGUGCACGGACCCGUCCAUUCAUCACUGCGAUCACAACUGCACAGACACACCUACCAGCUUCAUCUGCACCUGUCGCCCCGGCUACCGCCUCAUGUCCGACAGCAAGACAUGUGACGACGUCAACGAGUGCGCGGAGACACCCAGCGUGUGCAGCCAGGUCUGCGAAAACACCGUCGGCUCCUACGUGUGCAAGUGUGCGCCGGGAUUCCUCCGAGAGCCGGAUGGGCACCGUUGCCGUCAGAACAGCAACAUCUCGCCCUACCUCAUCUUCAGCAACCGCUACUACCUGAGGAACCUGUCGACAGACGGGCAGGCCUACUCUCUCAUCCUGCAGGGUCUGACCAGCGUGGUUGCCAUGGACUUUGAUCGCGUCGACAAGCGUUUCUACUGGAUCGAUGUGAGCCGCAGGGUGAUAGAGAGGAUGUCCUUCAACGGCAGCAACAGAGAGGUGGUGGUCAGCGGAGUUCUGCAUGGGGAAGGCCUUGCAGUUGAUUGGGUAGCCAGGAAACUGUACUGGGUGGACAGCUUUCUGGAUUGUCUCAAAGUGUCUGAACUCGAUGGACGCUUUGUCAGGAAACUGGCUGAACACUGCGUCGACACCAAUAACACCUACUGCUUUGAAAACCCCAGAGGCAUUGUGUUACACCCCAAAUAUGGAUAUGUAUACUGGACAGACUGGGGAGACAAGGCCUUCAUAGGUCGCGUUGGGAUGGAUGGAACCAACAAAACAGCCAUCAUCACCACAAAGGUGGAGUGGCCAAAUGGUAUCACAAUUGACUACACCAAUGACAUGCUCUACUGGUCCGACGCUCAUCUCAACUACAUUGAAUACUCCGACUUGAAUGGUCAGCACAGACACACGGUGUACGAUGGAGUUUUGCCGCACCCUUUUGCCCUGACUGUGUUUGAGGACACUGUGUAUUGGACCGACUGGAACACACGCACAGUGGAAAAAGGCAACAAAUAUGACGGCUCUGGUCGCGAAGCCCUAGUUAACACCACACACAGGCCAUUUGACAUCCACGUGUGCCAUCCUUACAGACAGCCCAUUGUGAACAACCCCUGUGCUGUGAACAAUGGAGGCUGUUCUCACCUGUGCUUGAUCCGUCAUGGGGGGCGAGAACACACCUGUGAGUGCCCCGACCAUUUCCUGGCUGUCCAAAUAAGAGGUGUGACCCGAUGCCUUCCCAUGUGCAGCAGCACUCAGUACAGAUGUGCUAACAAUGAACGCUGUAUUCCCAUCUGGUGGAAAUGUGAUGGACAGAGAGACUGCAGGGACGGUUCUGACGAGCCCUCCACCUGCCCGCCACGCCACUGCAGGCUUGGUCAGUUUCAGUGCAAAGACGGAAACUGCACCAGUCCGCACUUCCUGUGUAAUACCAACCACGACUGUCCUGACGGCUCAGAUGAAGAUGCUGUGCUCUGUGCUGCACAUCAGUGUGAGACUCACCAGUGGCAGUGCGCUAACAAGCGGUGCAUUCCCGAGUCGUGGCAGUGCGAUGGUGAGGACGACUGCGGUGAUCAGUCCGACGAGGACCCUGCCCACUGUUCCACCAGGACCUGUCGGCCCGGACAGUUCAAGUGCCGCAACGGACGCUGCAUCCCUCAGAGCUGGAAGUGUGACGUUGAUGACGAUUGUGGUGACAAUUCUGAUGAACCAUUAGAGGAGUGCAUGGGACCAGGAUAUCGAUGUGACAACCACACAGAAUUUGACUGCAGGACCAACUACCGCUGCGUGCCGCUUUGGUCAGUUUGCAAUGGCCACGAUGACUGCAGAGACAACAGCGAUGAGCAGGGCUGUGACGAAGUGACCUGUGAUCCCAGUGGGGACUUCCGCUGUGACAACCACCGCUGCAUCCCGCUGAGAUGGAAGUGCGACGGGGAUGACGACUGUGGGGACAACUCAGAUGAGCGCAGCUGCACGCCACGCGCGUGCACCGAGAGCGAGUUUCGUUGCGAUAAUCUGCGCUGCAUUCCCAACCGUUGGGUCUGUGACCAUGACAACGACUGUGAGGACAACUCGGAUGAAAGGGACUGUGAGUUGCGCACUUGUCACCCUGGUUACUUCCAGUGUGGCAGCGGACACUGUAUCGCCGAACGUUUCAAGUGCGAUGGCAACGCCGACUGCCUGGACUUCACAGAUGAGGCUUCAUGCCCGACCCGCUUUCCCAACGGCACAUACUGCCCCCCCUUCCUGUUUGAAUGCAAGAACCACGUGUGCGUCCAGCCUCACUGGAAAUGCGACGGAGACAAUGACUGCGGAGACAACUCAGACGAGGAGCUUCACCUCUGCUUGGACAUCCAGUGUGAGCUUCCGUUCCGUUUCCGCUGUGACAACAACCGUUGCAUCUACAGCCACGAGUUGUGUAACUCUGUGGACGACUGCGGCGACGGCUCCGAUGAGAGACAGGAAAACUGUCAAAGACCGACACAUGGACCCUGCACAGAUGACGAGUACAAGUGUAGUAAUGGACAGUGCAUCCCUCUGCAGUACGCCUGUGAUGACUACGACGACUGUGGAGACCAGACAGAUGAGCUCGGCUGCCACGAUGACAGCAGGCACACGUGCACUUCCAACAUCUGUGAACACAACUGUACUGACCUGGCAGAGGGAGGCUUCCUCUGCUCCUGUAGGCCUGGUUACAAGGCCAGAUCCACAGAAAAGCACACCUGUGAAGACGUGAAUGAGUGUGAAGUGUAUGGGACUUGUCCUCAGGAUUGCAAAAACACAAAAGGCAGUUACGAGUGUUUCUGCGCUCAAGGCUUUCUCUCGUUUGGUGAGCCGCCUGGGACUGAGUGUGCCGCUCAAGGAAACCCGCCAGUGCUGCUUUUGCCAGACAAUGUUCGCAUCCGUCGUUUCAACCUGUCCUCUGAGCAGUAUUCAGACUAUGUGGACAACGCCGAGCACAUCCAAGCCUUGGACUACCUGUGGGAUCCGGAGGGCGAAGGCCUCAGUAUUGUUUAUUGGACAGUUCUGGGUCGUGGAUCCAACUUUGGCUCCAUCAAACGUGCCUAUAUGACCACAUUCAACGACCACGGCAACAAUCCCGUGAAAGACGUGGAUCUGAACCUGCGCUACGUCGCUAACCCCGACGGCAUCGCCGUGGACUGGGUGGGCAGACACAUUUACUGGACAGACUCGGGGACCAAUCGGAUUGAAGUGGCCAAGCUGGAUGGGCGGUACAGGAAGUGGUUGAUCCACACCGACCUGGAUCAGCCUGCUGCCAUUGUUGUGAAUCCAUCGCUCGGGAUGAUGUACUGGACAGACUGGGGCAGGAAUCCCAGAAUAGAGUCGGCGUGGAUGGACGGUCAGGGCAGAAAGGUGCUGGUGGGAGAGGAGGACCUGGGCUGGCCUACAGGGCUGGCUCUGGACUAUCUGAACGGAAACAGAAUCUACUGGUGUGACUCGAAAGAGAACAUCAUUGAGUCCAUGAAGCCUGACGGCACAGACAGAAAGAUCGUCAUAUCGGGAGAUAUUGGGCAUCCCUACAGCCUGGACGUGUUUGAGGGACAUGUGUACUGGACGACGAAAGACAAAGGGGAAGUGUGGAAAACGAGCAAGUUUGGGAGAGGAAAUAAAGUGAAGGUCCUAACCAUCAACCCCUGGCUGACGCAAGUCCGUAUUUACCAGGAGCACCGGCACAACCAGUCAGUUCCCAACCCUUGUAAGAACGUGUGCAGUCACCUCUGCCUCCUCCGGCCCGGCGGUUACACCUGCACCUGCCCGCAAGGCUCCUCGCCGAUGGGGAGUGACUCCAACCAGUGCGACGCAGCCAUUGAGGCUCCUGUUGCAAUGCCCCUUGCAUGUCGAUGCAUGAACGGCGGAACCUGCUACACUGAUGAAGGGGGUCUGCCCAAGUGCAAAUGUCCGUACGGCUAUGUGGGCAGCUACUGUGAGAUGGGGAAGUCGAGGGGUGCUCCAGCAGGAACAGCUGUAGCCGUUCUUCUCGCAGUCAUUAUCAUCCUGAUCACUGGAGCUUUGGCAGUCGGGGUUUUCCUCAACUACAAACGAACGGGAUCGUUCAUCCCCUCCAUUCCCAAACUACCCAGCCUGAGCAGUCUUGUGAAGUCAGCCGACAACGGGAACGGGGUCACGUUUCACUCGGGGGAUAAUGUCGAUCUCGGGCCGUCGCACAUCGGAGUGUCAUUCAUUGACACGGCCAUGCAGAUGGACGACAAUUUUGCCAUGGAAGCUGGGAGACAGCCAAUCACGUUUGAGAACCCGCUGUAUGCCACUACUCCUGCAACUGGUGACGCUGCCGUCAUUCAUGCCACACAGGUGACUGUCAACGUGAGCGGGGAGCAGCUGGAGAACAACUUUGUGAACCCGGCGUACCGAGGAGACCAGAGCGUUGGCGUCGUGAACACGUCCGCUGUCAGCGCCAAACCUGCUCAGGAGUCAAAGUGGGGCCUAUUCAAACGGAAAUUAAAGCCGAGCGCCACGUUUGAGAACCCCACAUAUUCAGAGAUGAAGGACGAAAAGCCUGCGGGAAGCAGCGGGGGCCCGUCUGCCCCUGAGCCCUCUCCAUUUGUCCCCCCUCCCAAGCCUCCGAAGAGGGAUCGCCCCAGCACCUUCUCACCGACUGAGGACAGUUUCAAAGACACAGCCAACCUCGUUAAAGAGGACAGCGACGUAUAACCUCCCUCGCUCGCGGGUGGGGAUCGGAGAAAAAAAAAGAAAAAGAAAAAAGAAACACACUUUGCACAGAAUUUAUUUUUUUAUGCAGCCUGUGUAUAAAACUCAAAUUGUUUUAGGACAGAGAAAUGCAUUUCUAUAGAAUGAAGAAUGAAGUCUCCCGUGACUAUGCCUUCUGACAUAUCUUAUGCCAAUUCUUGUUUUAAUGUUGUUUUUCUUUAUUCUGAUGUACAAUAUGUAUAUCUUUGCACUGAAGCUGCUGAUAGAAAUGUUAAUAUGUUGUAUAUUUGUAAAUUUGAACAGUCAUAUUUUGUCUGAAAUAUCUCUGUAAUAGAUUCUUAAUAGUUUGACAUGAACUAUAUAACACAUGCUGCAUUCUGAAUGUACAGUACUUAUAUGAUCAAAGGUUAUUAGAGGAAUGUGUUGAACAAAACUGUGGAUACAUUUACUUCAUCUUUCAUGUUUAUAUACCUCAUUUCAGGGCUGUCUAAUUGGAUUUUAACUCAUUUUUCUACGAUACAUUCUCCACAACAAAUAGAUACACGAGAUCAAUUUAGUGCGUGAGUGACACGUAUUGUACUUGAUCAAACACAUUUGACUUGGAAUCUUCUUCUUCCUUUUUUUUUUUUUAAUAGAUACUGGAACAAAUAACGGCCAAAAUAGUUGGGAACUGUGUUCGAAGGUUCCCAUGGAUGUGUAGUUGAUCAUUUUAAGUGCAACACCUGACCUGACGUGACAUUUUAUGAGCUAAUUCUUUACAGAUUGAUUUAUUUUGUAUCACAAUGAGGACAAAUAAAAACUGAUCAUCCAAAACAAAUAUGGCCUGUAUGGAUUAAAUAAUCACUGCUGAGAUGUGAAUGAAUAAAUUUCCUAUUUUGUAACACA